GUUUUUUCACGUUUUUUUUAAAAACUCAAAGAAAUCGUUGAAUUCAAUAUCAUGUAUAGCAAACCCAGGAUAUCGGGCGAGUACAGAGAAAAAUAUCGUGACAAGGACCGAAAAGAACGUAGUGAAAGGCGUAGACAUUCACAAGAUAGGGACCGCAAAUAUCAUCGCAGACAUCGAUCAAAGAGUCUAGAAGGUCGUAGACGUAAUAGAUCUAAAUCACCUAAGAUUGAAUCUAGACGUAGAAAGCCACCUCUGUAUUGGGAUGUUCCAGCACCAGGUUAUGAACACAUGACACCUAUUGAAUACAAAGCAUUGAUAGCUAAUGGAAAAAUUUUGAAAAAUGUAUUGCCAAACGUCCCUUCAAAAACCUCUGAUGUUGGAUCAACUGUUAUACCUCAAGCAAGACGAUUGUAUAUUGGAAACGUACCAUUUGGUGUAACUGAGGAUGAAAUGACAGAGUUUUUUAAUGAGAAGAUACAUUUGUUUGGAUUCGCUCAAUCUGAUGGUAAUCCUGUGCUGUCGUGUAAAAUUAAUAUAGCAAGAAACUAUGCCUUUUUAGAAUUUAGGUCUACUGAUGAAACUACUCGAUCAUUGUCCUUUGAUGGCAUUUAUUUUAAAGGCUAUAACUUAAAAGUUAGACGACCACACGAAUAUCAGACUGCACUCGGAGUCAUUAAGAAUAAACCUAUAACAUUAGAUAUGAUGAAAUAUGAUUCCAGUUCAUUUGGUUUUACAGGUCUAAAUUCACAAAAUAAACUUUUUGUUGGAGGAAUACCAGGAAACUUUAAUGAGGAUCAGGUGAAGGACCUACUUACACCAUUUGGUCAGUUAAAAUCAUUUCAUUUGAUCAUAGACUUUGUCACUCGCUUACAUAAAGGUUAUGCAUUCUGUGAGUUUGAUGAUGGUGCAAUAACAGAUCAGGUCAUUGCUGGUUUGAAUGGUACGCCAAUUGGAAAUAAGAUAAUGAUUGUGCGUAGGGCUGGUGCUUGUUAUAGAGAUAUUAAGAUUGAACAAUCAUCUGUCCCAAUUCAAGUUCCUGGACUUUCAGUUGUUGAAACUAUAGGACCUCCUACUAGUCCUACUCAGGUUUUAUGUUUAUUGAACAUGGUAAAUACUAAUGAACUUAAAGAUGAUGAUGAAUAUAAAGAAAUUUUGGAAGAUAUUCGAGCAGAAUGCAAUAAAUAUGGCGGUGUUCAGUCAUUAAAAGUUCCUCGGCCUAUUGAAGGAAUUGAUGUACCUGGUUGUGGAAAAGUGUUUGUAGAAUUUAAUAAUUUUGAAGACUGCCAGAAAGCAUUAGAAGCUUUGUCUGGUAGAAUAUUCAACAACAGAGUUGUACUUACUUCUUACAUGGAACAAGAAAAAUAUCAUAAAAACGAAUUUUAAUAAAAAAUAUUACUGCCAUAUUGUUGGAUUUUAUUUUAAAAUAACAUUUUAAUCUUGUUUCUAGUUAAUAGU